UACUUAACUAGUCAGACUGGUAGAAAGGACGGACAAAAGAUUAAAGCAGUACAAGAGAAACACAUAGCCACACUACUCUAUACUAUAACUCUAGAUAUCGUAUCUUUGAAGGUUCUGUGGUGAUACUGACUUAAAUAUUGCGUUUAUUCAUUUGUUUGUUAAUAUUAAGGCAUUUUUUUCAGUGAGUUCCUGCAAGUAACUUGAUAAAGUCUUAAGACCUAAACUCAGUUUAUACAACAAAUAUUGACAGAUUGAUAAAACUUUGGACUCUCUGGAAGAAGAUAUAUGAACAUAUAGGCCUGUGUGUAUAUAUUGAUUUUUAAAAGCUCUGCAGAUCUUCGAGGUACAACUACACACAGGCAUGGAGAGAAGAUCAUGCUGCUCAUUGCUGAUGCUGUUUUUAUUAAUAGCUGUGGCUGUGAGCGUGUGGGGAUUCACGCGCAUGCAAAAUCAAGUAACAAAAAAACUAACAGUUGAUCUUGAGGAUUCGGAGUUACAAGAGAAAAACACAGAAUUGGGCUUAAAAAAUUUAGACAUCGAACUUCAAAACAUGUUGAUGCAGAUGGACAUCACUUUGACUGAGGUCAAGGGCCUUGAGAAUGAGGUGAAAUUAAUAACUUCGGAUCAAGAGAAAAUGGCCAAAGAGGCUAAAGAAUGUCAGGAUUUAGUGGUCACAUUAAAUGAACAAAUCACAGUCAUAGUGAAGGAAAAAAGUGACAAUGAAGGUAAUUUUAAUGCUACUAAGUCAAAGUGGACAGAACAAAUGCAGGCCCUUAAAAAGCAGUUGGAGGAGCGUAGUCCAGUUUGUGCCUUUGUGAAGAAAUUGAAUGCAAGUGGGCUGUGCAGUUAAGCAACAACCAAAACUCAAAAGCAGUCUUAAUGGCAGAUUUCAUUAAAGGAAAAGUACAAAUAGAUUUAAGGGCACAUUAUAGUAUAAAAACUGCUCUUUAACACACUGGUGUGAACUGUACUGUUUGCAGGACAUAUCAUGAAAAUCAGACUUUUUCCGUAUUUAAGUGCUAUAAUUUAGUCCCCAGUGCUUCUAUCAACUUAGAAAAAAAAAAAAAAAGAUCAUCCAAGUUAGUUUUGGUAAACCAUUCUCUGCAAGCAUGUGAAAAAAUAGGUUAUUGAUAUUUGGCUCCCCUUGUGAUGUCAGAAGGGGAUAAUACCGCCCAUUAAUCUGCACUAUCCAACCACAGCACUGCCAUUUAGUGCAGAGAUCAGCUCAUUUGCAUUUAAAAGGACACACCCAAAACCAGCACAUUUUUGCUCACACCUACAAAGUGGAAAUUUUAACAUGCAUAAUAAAUUAUAUGUGGGGUAUUUUGAGCUAAAACUUAACAUAUGUACUUAACACCAAAGAUUUAUUUUAACAUCUUAAAAAAUUCUUGUGAAAUGUCCCCUUUAACAUAAUUCCUGAAUAAUGUAAAUAUUAAUUAUGUUUGCCAGAUACACUGGAAAAAGCAUUUGCUAAAUAAAUAUAUGUUUGUCUUAAUGGUAAAAACAUUUUGUUUUAGCUGAAAUGUUGGAUUUAUAUGGGCAAGCAUUUUUUAUUCUGAUUAAAGCUUGAAACUUUAAUUUAAUAUGAGUGAUGUAACACUAAACGUUUUAAUCGAUGAA